CCCAUGAGUUGAAGUAAACCAUGAGUAAACCAACUUCCUCCAUGUGACAACUGAGUGAUUGCAGUGACAACAGGGCGAUAUCGAACUUGAUUUGACAAACUAUAAGAGUGACGUUUGACAAUGCUUACCCCAUCAUUUGUGCUUACCCAAGAUGCUGAUUUCUUGAGGCUUCUUAUUAAAGCACGCUAUGCGAAAGUCACAGACGUGGAAACAUUUGUUGACGGCAAUGACUUCAAGUUCUAUGCAAAGCCGUAUUUCCUGAGGCUUCACCUUCCUGGAAGAGUUAUUGAAGAUGGCAGGGAACGAGCAAAGUAUGAUGUAGACUCAGGAUCGUUUGAAAUCUGUCUCCCCAAGGAGACACCAGGUGAAGUCUUUCAGGGCCUGGACAUGUUAACAAAAUUGUUAACCCCAAAAGGUCAGAGGUCAGCCGAGCAGCCUGGGAUUGAGGUCAUUGGUGAGAGUGGGAAUGAAGGUGAAGAACUAGACGAAGAAAAUGCUGAUGACCAGGGAGAGAUUGACUGGCAGAUGGAACAGCAGCCAUUCCAACAAGAGGAGGAUGCCCUCAUGGGAGAGACGCACUAUGGCUUCGCAAAUAAGAGAAGCGGUGUCUUCCAGAGGUUGCAGGAGGAGUUGUGCGAUGUUGUUGAUGUCCCAAACCCAGAUACAAUGCAUCUAAAGGAAAGGAGGACAGCCAGAGGGUCGGCAGAAAAUGAAAAGUUUGAUGGUGAUCAUUACUUGGCUGAUUUAUACCAGGAAGAUACAACAUUAGAUGAGCUUCAAAACUACAAGCCAUCAUGGCACCCAGACUGGAAGUCACUGCAGGCAAAGACUAAACAGGCUUCCAUUGGUCAGGAGGGCUAUGAGGUGCAAUUCACGGAGGGAGAAAGGGAACAGAUGGUGAGGUUACCAAACAGACAGCACCUCCUGGAUGACGAGACAGAAAGAGGUGUAUUACUGGGCCUGGUAGAUAUUAUCUUUGCUUACGCCUACAAUGCCAGAACUACGCUCGGUGAAAACUCAGUGGAGUCGGCAUGGACCAUUUGUAAAUUGAGUCCCACCCUCUCCUGGCUUGACUGGUUCAAAUCGCUUGAUGAAGUGAUGACUGCUUGCUAUCGUAGGGCCUUGUGCUAUCCAUUGUCCAGACACUGGGAUCUAACACGGAAAGUCUACCAAGACGUCAAAAGGAUCUUUCAGCUAGGAAGGGGGCAACUAUUAAAGUGUUUACUCGAAACCCAUCAGAUAUGUGCUGGAGAUGACCCUCGCUACAUUCUCAAUGAGCUUUACAUCACAGAUUACUGUAUCUGGGUACAGUCCGUCAGUCAUGUCAAGAUUCAGUCCUUAGCAACAGCUCUGAAGAAGGUGAAAAUAACAAAGAGUAGCAUCGGCUUUGAGCUUGAGGAGCUGGAGGCAGCAGCUGCUCUUGUGAACCAGGAGGACAAUGGGGAACAGUGUGAACAAUCUGAAUCUAUUGAACAGUUUGGUUACCCGCAUAUCCUUCAUAAGGUGAUGGCGGCAGAUGUGGAACAUGAUCCACCCUCUGAAAUGUUUGCUAACAAAGAACAAGACAUUAAAUGUGAAACCAAGAUUGGAGAUGAUUCUCAAAUAUUGAAUAAAACAGAUUGCAAAACAUUGGGUGAACAUGUCGGGAAGGAUCAAGACAAUCAAGCUGAGGAAACUACGGAGAAUGAAAUCGUUUCAAAACUUUCAGCAAUGAAGCUUCAAAGCAUUGGAUCGAAAGGUACUGAGGAUCUCUUGGAUACAGCCUCUAAACCAGAAAGCUUGUCAUUGGAUGCGUGGGCUGCCAAACCCCCAUCGAUGAAGAUAGAAGUGUUUGGUGAGGACGCGACAGACAUUCCUGCCGACAAUCAAUCAAACAGCCAAGACGCGAGUCAGGAAGAUGCGGGUUGUCGUAGUGAUGAAGAGAGAGGAAUAAUUAAAGAAGCUGAUAUGAAGAUGGAAGAGGAACUACGUAUAUCUUUAUCACCCAAGAACACUGUGACCUCCCAUGGACAAAAACCUCAGAAGAUGUUAGAACCAUGCACAGAUAAAAACCAUUCUAGACUGGACUCGGAUUCUGAAUCGGGUUCUGAAUCGGAUGACGAGUCCGAUUCUGAAUCGGAUGAAGAUACAGAUAGUGAUUCUGAAUCGGGUACAGAUUCUGACUCAGACACAGAUUCUGAAUUGGACACUGCUGCAGGUCCCGACUCUGAAUCCAAAACUGGACCGAACAUAGUAACCAAUAAAUAAAGUUUCUUGAUUUUGUUAUCAAUUCAGAUUUAAGCAAAGUCAGUCUCAACUUGGAAUUUGGGAAGAUUAAAGGUCUCCCAAAGGUUACUUUGCAAGAAGCCCCCUGAAACAAUUUGGGUUUAGGAAGGCCUACUCUUGCUAUAUAAGAACUGGGCAACUAGAUAGUACAUUCACAUGUUUGAUCAAUGGCAGUACAGCAAAUAGGCAAGACAUCACUCUGCUCUAAAUCAUAUGGGAGAAAAUUUAAAUGUCUCAACUAAUGAAGGCUGGCCAAUUCUUGACCAGGGGUGGAUUUCACAAAGAGUUAAAACUAAUCUUAUCUCGAGUUAAGACGAGUUACUCGACCUAACUUAGUACUCGCGAUAAGUUUUUAAUAUCUCCUAGGACUAGUCCUUUGUGAGUUGACCCCAGAGCUUCUGAAGUACUAAAAGGAUCCUUUGGACAACAAGAGACACAAAUCAGACGGUAGUCGACACCGACUCAUUCAUAGUUACACUUCUAGUACAAUUCAUAAUUUAUUUAAGCUUUUCUAUUUGAUUGUAAAAAAAAAAAGUUUAACAUCGAUUGAAUAUACAGAAGUAACCAUGUUGUUUCCGAAAGCAUUGCUGUAUUAAGUAACAAGAAUAUACUAUCAAAUAAUAUGAAAUAAACAAAAUUAGAAUACAGUCACAAGUUUGCCUUCGAGUCAAGCAUAAACUAAUAAUGACAACUGACUUACAAGUCUUAAAUUUAUUUCUAUAUUUCAAGACUUUGGUCUACUUAAUCCUACGGAGUACUGUUUUGAACAUUGCUUCUCCUGAAUUAUAGUACUUAUACCUUUUUUUAAGUUCUUCAUCAUCACAGCAUCGAAAACUGUCAGUACAAAAUCACCAUUUCAAAAACAUAAAUCUUUCCAACACCUCUCGCAAGAAGUACUGUUUUGUUUCUUCCACAACCUAUAGUACUUGUAGUUACCCUUUUAGUGCAUUCAAGGUGUUUUGUUUGUUUAUUAUUAUUUUUUAAAUGCAAGUUUGUCCCAAACAAGGCUAAGGGGUGGGGGGCACUCUUGGUAAGGGGCUACAAUAAGAAAACAUUCAGGUGAAAAUAACUCGGGGGGGAACUAAAAGUAGGAAUUUAUGUUCCUUGAAAAACAGUUUAGAAUUUAGGAUGGAGGGAAACAUGUACCAAGCAAGGAGUUCCAAAUAGACGCAGUGUGGAAUAAAUCCAUUAAAAAGGCUCUUUUCUACAUCUCAACAAAGCGAGAAAGGCUAAUGCAAGCAAGGAAUGGUUUUCUUUUUUAUUUUUAACAAAAUUUCGUUGUUAAGGUUUGUUCCCCCAGUAAAUCAGUACUUUUUAUUUCUAUAUAAGCAUGUAGAAGCCUAAAACCAUGUAUGUAGACCGUCGUUCUCGUUGUUAAUAUUAUUUUAAAGGGUCAAACACCAUGACAUUUUCCAACUCUGUCGGGAAAAAAACACCAAAUGAUAUUUAGUAACUUAUUUUUUUUUACAAUACAACUACUGAAAAGUAUUUCAUUGUAUUAAUUAAAGGCACAUCGCAAGGUAUUCUAUUUAUGUAACAAUUCAAUACACUCACAAUGAAAUAAUUUAUAUUAUUGUAAUAUUACUGACAAAGUUACUGACCACUUAGUUUGCAAAACCCUUCAUUUGUCUUGGUGCGUUUACAAAAAUAGUAAGCAGCCCUGCUGAAGAAUCUUAAAUCUUCAAUGGUAAAGUGCAACUUGUUUUAUAAGACCAAGAACCAACUUGGCAUAGAUAUGAAUUUACUCAUUUCAAAAGUAUUUUCAUUACAUGGAAGACGAAUGUUGUCAAAAUUUAUGGAAUUGUUUUUGUGCACAAUUUGUACCAAAUAUUAGGCCGCUUCAGUGAUUUAAAAAAAUUACUUCUGGUUUGAUUCUCUAACACACAUUCAAGGUUUAUUUCAAUAUGGCUUCCCAUAGUUUGCCCUAAAACAGAGUUCAGGUGUUUAAAAAGGACGGUCCAAAAAACACCAAUUUCGCACAACACAACUGCUUACCAGAAUAAGAUUACCAGCCAAACUAUCAUGUCACAUGUACCAUUUGUAACUGGUAUCCUGCUCAUUUC